CAAACUGUUUUCCUGGCUUUUCAGCACUAUAUUGUGAUGCUUGGCACCACAGUUAUGAUUGCCACCAUUCUUGUGUCUCAAAUGGGGUGGAUAGAGCCCGGUGAUUCAAUCAUUGCUGUUUAUGUCUGGGGUGAAUACUCUUCUGCAAACUUGGGUUGGGGGCGGCUGCCCACGGUGAUGGGUCCAUCAUUUGCUUAUCUCAUAUCUGUGUUGUCUGUGGCCCGGGAUUUAUCUGAUGAGGAGUUCCCAAGUGACCACCAGGUAUGCAGCAUCAUUGUUGACUGUUAA